UUGCCAAGGAUGCUGCCCAACUGGAUUAUAAUCAUGGUAUGGUAGAGCAGCUCAGAUUCUCUGCAUUGUCUUCCUUUUUACUUUCCUGCUUAGCCCCUCUUCCUCGCCCUCCCCGUGGCAUCUGGAGAAUGAAACCAAAAGGAUCAGGUGGUGACAUUCUUGGUGAUUCUGAGCUACAGCAAUUUUCUUCAAGCUUAAGAAGAAGAAGAAAUUCUUAAGUAUUAAACUUGGAGAUGUGAACAGACCGGUUUUGCUGAAAGCAAGUUACAUAAACUGCAGAACAACAUAAGCAAUUCUACCUCUUUCAUACAAGAGUUAGCAACAAUUUUUAUGAAAUUAUUUCUUUCUGGCAGAGGUUAGCUCCAUCUACAGAUGAGCAGAAUACCCAACAACCCUCUCUUGAAGGAGUCAUCAAGGCUCAAACAUCUGCUACCAAAUAAUCGGAAAAUUUCUGAAGUGGCCCUGUUUCUUGCAUAAAAACUUGACACUUCUUGUUAAAACUGCCAAAGGAAACAUGCCAACUCAACCUCUUUUGGUGUACAUGGAUGGUCCAGAAAGUAUAGCCAGUACUGUUGGUUCACGAAUGGACAAUAAUGAUGCCACUAUGCCAGUAAAAGGAGCCAACACAAUCUCCUAUAAGAACUUGCAAGACAAGUUCUUAAUGCAAGGUGAAGGAUGUGUGUCUUUAGAUUGCAUGUUUUGCGAACAGACCUUCAAGCAUCCAGAAGAUCUUGGUAAGCAUGUCUUAACCCAGCAUAGGCCGACACUUUGUGAACCGGCAGUUUUGCGUGUGGAAGCGGAGUAUGUUAGCCAUCUUGAUAAAGGACAAGGGAGAAUUGAUUUGCCAUCCCUGGACGUAAAUGAAAAGGAUAGCCAAGACUUCAGCUGUGUGGUUUGCGGGCAAACAUUUGAUGAGGCUUUUGAUGUUGAGGCCCACAUGAGGAAGCACAAGGAUUCUUUCACUUAUUGGUGUAGUGUAUGUGGAAGGAGAUUUAAGGAGCCCUGGUUCCUCAAAAAUCACAUGAGGACUCACACUGGCAAACCUGGCUCUCGCAGCAAGGUGCUGCAAGGAUCUGAGAGUCCCAUAACGAUAAAUGAGGUUGUUCAGGACCAAGCGGCAGAAAGCAUAACAUCCCCUUAUAAAAUCUGCAUGGUGUGUGGCUUUCUAUUUCAGAAUAAGGACAGUUUAAUCGAGCACAGCAAAGUACAUACCAAAGAUUCUCUAGCCAACCGCAAUGGCUCUCCAUCGGAAGGGGAUGGUAAAGAAAGUACGACACCCAGGGAAGAAUUUCUGCAAUUUUUAAACCUAAAGCCACUUUCAACUUCUAAUAAUAGCAAACAGAAAAAGCCUGUGAAAUGGAUUGCUGAAUUGGAUCCGUUCAGUACCUAUCAGGCAUGGCAGCUGGCUACUAAAGGUAAAGUUGCUAUUGGCCACGGACAAACAAAAGAUGCAGGUCAAGAGGGAAGCACGGACAACGAUGACUCGUCUUCGGACAAAGAAGAACUUGGGGAGAUUUGGAACGCGAGCAAAGCAAACCAGACUGAAAGUGCAGGAAAGACCAAGGGAAGCAGAGGGGGAAGUUACACUGGGAUUGGUAACAUGCCACAGGACAAAUUUAAAUAUCGUUGCCGCGAAGUGCCUUCCUUGCAUAUGGAUUCUAAGCUGUCCCAGAACAAAGACAAGCCUACCCAUUGUUCAGAGUGUGGCAAAGCCUUUCGAACUUACCACCAACUUGUCCUCCACUCGAGAGUCCAUAAUAAGAAAGAGCGGAAGAAUGAUCUAGAAAACGGUUGUGGGGAAGGGAAGCAGCCGAGAACAUGCCUUCCUGAUCCUGGGAACCUGGAUGAGAACGGAGCCGAACGAUUGGAGGGAGGAUCUGAAGACGGCUCUGAGGAUGGGAUAAUAGAGACUCCAGAUAAAAAUGAAGACGGGUUGGAAAGAUCAAAAGUAAAAAAUCUUGGAGCUACUAGAGAAUGCAGCUACUGUGGAAAGUUUUUUCGUUCAAACUAUUACCUCAAUAUUCAUCUCAGAACUCAUACAGGCGAAAAACCAUACAAAUGUGAAUUUUGUGAUUAUGCAGCAGCGCAGAAAACCUCUUUGCGCUACCAUUUAGAGAGACAUCACAAGGACAAACAUACAGAAGCUUCAGCAGAUCUGAAAAAUGACGGUAAAGAGUUAUUGCCUUCCCAGGAGACAGGGUUCUUGUCAGCAAGCGGUGGCCAUGCUCCAGAAACCAAAAACCUGAAAAGGCUCCUUGAAGACGCCAAAGAUGCCAAAGGAGUAGUCCCACCUGCAAAACAGCAGAAAGAAGAAUUUUACCCUUUUCACGGUGCGCUCAAAAAUAUAACUCAGGACAUGAGCAAAGACUCAAACUGUGAUGGCUUGAAAGAGGGCGCAUCUGUUUCAGGUUUUUUAAAACGUGCAAAAAACACAGUGGAACAUCAGGCAAACCGUCUUGUUAAUAGAACUGAAAAAAAGAAUUCUGAGUUAACAAAAAAUGUGUUUGAUGCUGGCAGAACGAAGGCGGAUUUAAGUGACAUUACCGAAAACUCAAAAUGCAUAUUAACAGUUCAGGAAAAGCCCUUAAAUUUAUCUACCGCCUCUUCUCAGGAUGCUCCAGUAAUUCUUCAUUCUCGGUGUUCCUUAGCAACCAGCACCUGUCCCUUUUGUACUUUCCGGACAUUAUAUCCAGAAGUUCUCAUCAUGCAUCAACGGUUGAUGCAUAAGUCUUCUAAUAACCUCAAUGCAAUGACUAAAAAUAGCAUUAGAAAUAGGGCCGCUCAUAAAGCCAGACGUACAGGCUGCCCACCUUGCCUUUUGGGCAAGGAUGUGCUACCACUGCCUCUUAAUUCUGGGAAAAACAAAUCUUCCUUGCUCGCUCAGUCAAAAUCUCAGCCUGUGGAGAAGGCGAGGCAGUGUCCCACCCCACAGGGCAAAGGGCCCAUUCUCUCAGGACAAAACUCCAGCAGCUGGGCCCCAAGCAACUUGAAAUCAUGCAAACCUCAAAUGAUCGGCAUUCCGAUUAAUAACUGUAGACAGGAAAUGCACCAGAGCCCUGGUCGCUCUUCGGUGCAAGAUAAAGGGAAAUCAAGACUUUUGGCUUCUCAGUUAGGAACAGGCAAUAACAACAUCAACAACUCUUCAGAGAACCCUUUGAACAAAGCUAGUCGAGAAGUAGAGUUUUUCAAUAACAGAUCUACCGGAAAUAGAUAUGUGGGAUUUGAUGGACUGCCUUCUAAAAGAUUUAGGCCUAAUCUCUUUGCUCUGGAACAGAUCGACUCUGCUCGACAUCGGACAGAGAGUGAAACUGCUAGAUUACCUCUUUCAGGCAAAUAUUCAGGUCUGCUCCCUCAGGAAUGUUCACACACCAAGCAUGCCUCUCUCCUGCUUUUCAAACAAGGCCUCAUGAGCUCUGACAGAGAUGCUGUAAAUCCAAUAACUGUUCUAAAACCAUAUGAAACAUACAACCCGGGACCAUUUGCCAGUUCCUGUGGAUCAAGCGGCAGCCACAUCCCCAGCUCUUCAAAAGAAGGAAAAAGACCAGUGUCAUAUCAACACCUAUCUAACACCUUGCUGCAAAAGCGAAGUUAUGAGAGCUUCAUUGGCAAUACCCAUAGCCGCCUGAAUGAUAAGAAAACAUGAUUUGGCUGCUACAGAUGGUAUGGAGACACAGACUUUGAAUCCCCUUACAGUUCAUCUCUUCAGAUUGAUAGAAUGAUGGAAGCUACCAAACUAAGCUGUGAUUUUUACUGUGCACAGAGGAAAAACACUACAGUUGUAUAAUGGAAGAUUUGAUCCUGUUUGGAUGAAGCAAUGUAAACGUUGUUGUCCAAGACAGUGUUGUCUAAGUGUGUGUAUCUUUUCCCAAUCUUGAAUAAUAUUUUUUUCUUAGAAUUACUGUAGACCAAAUAUUCGACUUAAAUAUAUAUAUAUUGCAUAUGUGAGUGCUGCUGAUAUUGUGUGCAGUCCUUGCAUCUCAGGUAAAGCUGUACAUUCUGUUUUCCUCAUUGAAAUACAGAGAGGAUCUUUUUGCCUAAAUAUUUUCAGGUUUUGCUUUUUUCUUUAAAAAAUAAUUGUCAAAAUGGAACCUCUCCAUGUACUGCUUGUGUUCAUUUUAAGCACAAUUAUCACCCGUCAGAUUAUAUCAGGAACAUUUAGCACCAAACAAGACCAUACGUUCUUUGGAGACAUCAUAUUUUUCUCAAAAUGAAUCUUGUUUUAUUUUUCUUUUAACAUCACUUCCAUAAAGGAAUGGAAUUAAUUGAUUGCACUCUUGGGUAGUGUAGGGUAGGGAUCUCCAACUUGGCAACUUUAAGACUUGCGGACUUCAACUCCCAGAAUUCUUCAGAGAUGGAAGUCCGCAAGUUACCAAGGUUGGAGACCCCUGGUAUACGCAUUACAGUUACUCAAACCUUUGACAUAAAGACAUAAUUCCUCUCUUACAACGAACACAGAAUGUUUCUAACUGUAUGCCUUCUGUGUAUUUCAGUUCAUCCCUUUUUCUUUUCUUAAAUGCCAUUUUCACCUCUACACGUUCAUCAUUUUGCAAAAAUGUAUAGAUGUAAAUAGAUUGUGUACAUAUGCCUAAGAGGGAAGGUAAGAUUCCUCUCAAAUACCAAUGUCAAUUAUACCAACUCUCUCAUAUAUAUAUAUAUAUUUAUGGAUAUAGCAACUCUUGCAUAUUUACUUGACAAACUGAAGGUUCAAUCUGCCUCCCUCACGUGGCUUCAUAAAUGGAAGAUUCCCACAGAUUGCCGUGCUUUCAUUCUCUCUUGUCCCCAUCUCAAAGAUUGUUUGCUUUGGGUCAGGAUAAAUUUUUAGAUACAUUGAUACACAGGAGUUGCCUUGAAUUGGAGGCUUGUGGACCCUUAAAGAAAUUUGGCAGCCACACUUCUCCAUAUAAACUACAUGUACGAUUUGUGUCCCAUUUGAAAAAUUGGGGCAUAUCCCCAGCAUUGUUCGCCAAAAUCAAAACUGUGUGUAUAAGGGGUCUUGUGAGGUAAUUUUUGUCUAUCCACACUUUGUAAGUAGUUCAGCCCAAAGUUGAGUGAUGAAUUUAAUGGGGAAAGGUGGUUUGUUGUUUUUGUUUUGUUUUUUUAAAUCCUAGAGGGGUUUUGUUUUUGUUUUUUUGUUUCCAACUGCACAGGACUGAAAAUUGAAUAGGAGAAUAGUUUGCUGGCUAAAAAAAAUGAAUUGUACAAUGUUGGAGCUGGAUGUUCCAAGCAUUUUGUAAAAGCCUUUAUAACAACAGCUUAAAUGUUAUUUUCUGUUUGACAUACCCGUGUUUCCAGAACAAAAAUGGUUUCAAAAAUACUUUUUUGCACUGUUGAAUGUGUUUCCUAUCAGAUGUAAAUAUGCAGAAGCUAGGUAGACAUUCUUGGAAAUUUUCUUCACACCCAGCAAGCAACUUGGGAAGCGUUUUAAUUUUCUGACUUCCUGUGUGUGAAAAAAAUGCAUCUCUGUAAAACUGGCAAUGGAAUGAAGUGCUGUGUAUCAGGAAAUUGUACAAAAUUUACCCUUUUCCUGUUCAUAAGCUGAGCCAUAUGUACAUAAAAUCUAGAUUUGUUUUCCUAGUUUUGCACUUUUAUAGCCUAUUUUUGAAGAUGAAUACAUUUGGAAGAUGGCUGAUCUAUUUUUGCCUGAACCUUCAAUGAGUCUUGUCUCUUUUUUCCCCCUGUUUUUAAGUAAUGGAGCUUAAUGAAAUAAUAAUUUAAAAAAGACCAGGACUGUAUUUAAUUACAGGUUUUAAAAGCAUCUCUUGCUUUUUGUUGGUGCAGCCUUUUGGAAGCUUAUAGGCACCCUUCAAAACUGGAGACAAAAUUAAGAACAGAGGCCUUAGUUUCUAGUCAGGGUUCCCAGUCCCAUUUUCCUUUUAAGCACGGGAAUUACUGCAGCACAAGCUUUUUCCUGUCCUACUCUAUGAAAGGCCCUGGCUGGCUCUUGUUCUAGUCCAGGGGUCUCCAACCUUGGCAACUUUAAGACUUAUGGACUUCAACUUGAGUUGAAGUCCAAAAGUCUUAAAGCUGCCAAGGUUGGAGACCCUUGUUCUAGUCUACAUCAGAGAUAGAUCAGGUUGCAGGAGGGAGUAAUAGUACUUCUCUUCACACUUCCUAUGUUAUAUUUGCAGCAACUUCUGCAUAUUUUGUGGACUUCAACUCUUCACAUACGCAGCAGGUUCUCAGUGGUCUGGUCAUUCUUUGAGAUGAUCUAUACAUCUGGAGGAUGUCCAGAUAGAGGAAAGCUGCUGAUGGGAUAUUGCAAAAGAGUCCUUAAGCAUAGUCCACUAAGCCUUUCUGGACAGAGAUGUGGUACCAAUCAGGUCAAAAGGAAAAGAUGCUGCUUAUUUGUAGUUAUUUUGUAAAUUACAACAUUGGUCUCCAAAAUAGGUUUGCCCAUCAGUAUUAACUAUGGGAUACUACUGUGUGUUUCUUUUCUUCUUUUUGGUAAUAGUGAUGAGAAUGCUGGUACAAUUGUUAUAUUUAUUUCUUUCUACCAUGAUUUAUAAUUGUUAAAUUCUUACAUUGUUGAACUGUAGACACCAUAAAAAUCAUUUAAUUUAUGCUGCGUUUUCAAUUUAGUGUAAUUUGUUAUAUGUGAUGUAAAUACAAAUGUGAGGGUUUGGGUUUUUGUUUUUGUUUUGAAAA